AUGGAAUCGUGCUUGACGAGCGCUGUGCAGCGGUUCCUUGCCGACGGUGUCUUCUCCAGCGCCAUUUUCCUCGCCGAGCGGCUCGUCGCGGAGCAUGCGACCGAAGCGAACGUCGUGCUCCUCGCCGAAGCCUACUACCGGUCCGGCGACGGCCAUCGCGCCAUCGCGCUGCUGCAACGACCGACGGAGCAUGGCGGCCCACGGUCGCCGCAGAACAGGUACAUGCUGGCGCUCUGCUGCUACGAAGCGGGUCGACUGUCCGAGGCCGAGGCAGCACUUCUUCCACCCAAGAGCUCUGGCAGUCUUCCAGGCAUGCCCAGCCUUGCGCUCGAGCCCAUCCCGAACGGCGCCGCAGGCCUCUACCUCAUGGGCAGCAUUUGCCGGCGAGUGAAUCGCAUUGAGCAUGCAAUCGAAUACUUCAAGGCGAGCUUGAAGCAGGACCCGUUCUUGUGGUCGGCGUACGAAAACCUUUGCGAGCUCGGCUGCGAGGCGCCAACUUCGACGUUUCUCAACCCUCGACCACGCAAGUUUGCGCCGCUGCAAGGGAAGAAAGCCAUGAGCCGCACGUUCACCGAGAAGGAUCGACCCACAAAACUGCGCAUCCCCGCUCCUCCAUCGACGACGACAGCGUCGGGAGCCGACAGUACGUCGCCUGCACACGUCUCCGGCGAUGCGCAAGCGCUGCAGCUGCUCCACGACUGCGGCGCAGCCUACCGCGCGCUGUGCCUCUUUGAGUGCGACGUGGCGAUCAAGUGCUUGAUGGCACUGCCUCGGAGUCAGUUGGCGUCGGCGUGGGCGCAGCAGCAGCUCGCUCGGGCCUACUUUGAGCUGGCUAACUACCCCAAGGCCGCUCGGAUCUACGAGGGCAUUCGAGAGGCGGACCCGCACCGCAUGGAGGGCAUGGCCAUCUACUCGACGAUCCUCUACCAUCUCAAGCACGAGGUCGCGCUCUCGUACCUCGCACAGCAGUUGACCGAGUUUGACAAGCGGUCGAGCGACGCGUGGUUUGUCGCUGGCAAUUGUUUCAGCCUCCAGAAAGAGCACGACAUGGCGCUCACGUUCUUCCAGCGCGCGCUGCAGCUCAACCCGUACUUUACGUACGCCCACACGCUCUGCGGCCACGAGUACGCGGCCAACGAAGACUUCGAAAAGGCCAUUGGGUGCUACCGCCACGCGCUGCGCGUCGAUGGACGCCACUACAAUGCGUGGUAUGGCCUCGGCGCGAUCUACUUUCGCCAAGAAAAGCUCGAGCUCGCCGAGUACCAUUUUCGACGCGCCCUAAGUAUCAACCCGCAGAGCUCGAUCUUGUAUUGCAACCUCGGCAUGGUGCUCCAUGCCGUGCAGCGCCACGACGAAGCGAUCGCUGCCCUCGACACGGCGCAGAACCUUCAGCCGCUCAACUCGACCGCACGCUUUCACAAGGCCAAGGUGCUGUUGGCCACGCAGCACUACGAGGAGGCGCUUGCGGAGCUCUAUGUCGUCCGCGAUGCAGCCCCGAAAGAGUCGUCGGUCCAUUUCCUCCUCGGCCGUGUCGCCAAAAAGCUUGGCCGGGUCGACGAAGCCAUGCGGCACUACAACAACGCGCUCUUCUUCCACCCCAAGGACAACCACUUGAUCAAGGCUGCAAUUGAGCGUCUCCAUGAUGACGACGACCGCGACUCGGACGACGACGACGACGACGUGUAG